AUGGCCACUGAUCCUAAUGUCGAGGUGCCUCACAACGUGGUUAUAUACACUAAGAUACUGCCCUAUACUACCAAACUUGCCGAUAUAACCUGGAACCCCGAGGGUAUCGUCUUAUCUGGAGGUCCCUCCUCCGUUUACGAUGAGAGCUCGCCUCAUGUUGACCCCGCUGUCUUUGAGCUUGGUGUUCCUAUUCUAGGCAUCUGCUAUGGUUGCCAGGAAAUUGCCUGGCAGAGCAACUCUGAGAACGUUGCUCGUGGAAUAGCUCGAGAAUACGGCCAAUCCGACGUCACCAUUCACAAAGUCGACAGCCAUACUGACCGUCUCUUCGCUGGUUUGGGUGAGACCGUGCAUGCCUACAUGAGUCACUUUAACGAGCUCGUCCGCCUGCCUGGGGGCUUUGUGGUCGUUUCCCGGCAUUGCCCACCAGGCCAAGCCCAUCUUCGGGUAAUUAAUAGUACUAAGCUUUUCCUCAACCACCUCAAGGGCGUCACAGAGCCACAGAAAAAGCGCAAGAUUAUUGGAGAAACCUUGAUCGACUUGCUUGAAAAAGAAGCCAUAAGGAUUGAGACGGAGGCUGAGAAUACUCCCAACGUUGAAAAUGUUUCUUGGUUUCUCCAUGGAACGCUGUACCCGGACGUCAUAGAAUCUCUUUCCUUCAGAGGCCCUUCAGCGACUCUAAAAACCCAUCACAACGUUGUGGAUCUGCCCAAGCGCAUGAUGGAUGAUCAAGGCUUACGGCUCCUUAAGCCACUUCGCGAGCUAUUCAAGGACGAAGUCAGAAACCUUGGUCGACGCCUAAAAACUCACGAAGAUCUGGUUAAUAGGUUUUCCUUCCCAGGGCCCGGCAUUGGAGUGCGCAUUCUUGGAGAGUGUACACAUGAACGGAUUUGA